CAAACAUUUAUAUUCUUCAUUCACUACUUCUGAGUCUUUGACCAACAAACACUCAUAUAAUCAUAUAUCCUCUUAAACCUUAAACCCUACCUAGUUUCAACAACUCUCUUGUUCCAAACUAAUCCAAGAAAAAAGUUUCAAAAGCAAUGGCCAAAGUUGGGAAGCUGACAAAGCUCAAGUCGGCGAUAAAGAAAUGGCCUUCAUUCGCCAAGAACCACCACCACACACCCUCCUCCUCCGCUGUCUCCGAUGAGGUUUCAGAUGACAACAAUCUCCAUGUUGUUUAUGUUGGUCAGACUCGAAGACCUUACAUGCUUAGACCGGACAUCAUCUCUCACCCACUCUUCCAAGAACUUGUGGAUCGGUCUUCUAGAUCCGCAGAACAAGAUCGUGAGAUUGUUGUAGCUUGUGAAGUUGUUUUGUUCGAGCACUUGUUGUGGAUGCUUAAGAGUGGUCAAGAAGGAGGAUCCGUUGAAGAAUUGGCUGAGUUCUAUACUUGUUGACAUCGACCUAUCGCUUUUUACACAUUUACUUCGUAUAAUAUGUACUUUCGAGUCUCUGGUAUUAUAUUUGUUAUUUCUGCUGAUGAUUUGUAUUUUUGACUCGAUCCGGUGAGUGACCAAACCGUGAUUUCUCGUAAACCGGUAUCAUUUGCUUCUGUUUUUUUUAUCUCGAGCAAUUUUAUGAUAAUGAUGAGCAUAUGUAACUUCUUACUUUGUUGCGAUCAACAAAGAAUUAUAUUCCUUUAAUAAUCAUCUUUAAUAUUUUCUUCUAAAUGUCAAUGAAUAUGAUCAUUUCAGAG